GCUGUGCAAAUUUGACAGUUCCGAACACAACAAACAGAAUAACCAGCCAGAACGGAAUUUCUUCACAGAACAUUACAACCAGAACUGCAUAAAGAAUCGAUAAGAAAAUUAUCGAAUAUGAACUCACGCGGUGUGAGUUGGCUGUAGAAUGCACUUGCACGGUGCAUCAUGCUCAGGCUAGGCUAGCUUCAUUCAAAAGCCGCUUCGUAGUGGUGGUGUGUUAGUGCACGCGCUUACCUGCUUUGUUUACGAAACACGCCGCUGCUGCCAGCUGUUGGCCAUUUAAGGAGCCAAAUCCAGCGAAAAGUGUACCACGAUGGAUGGUAUGUGCUUCGAUUACGAUCACUACUUCGCGGAGGAAACGUUCAUCAUCGAUGAUUUCGGGGAGAUUUGUGAAGAUGUGGUCCGUAUAGCUAGUGCCAACACGCAGUACCUUUGCAAGGAUUUCGAUGCGGAGCUACGACGGGAAAGUCCUCCGCCGGGAAGUUUUAUUGCUUCCAAUCGAUGCUUCGAAAAGGAGGUGCCAUCGCUGUUCUCCGAGAUGGAGUACCUAACCGAGGUGUCUCCCGGGACGGACGUCAUUCUGUCGGAAACGAACGCGAUAACGAUUGCGGUUAAUCCAACCGAAUUCUCCGGCAAACGUUCACAACGGUGCGCUGCCGAAGCACCGAAGGAAACAGCGGAAAAGGAAUUGCAAAGUUUUGCAACGCAUUCUGCUUUGCCCUCCGUCGAAAGCCUCGCAGCAGGCCCACAACCACCAGUACAAACUAACGCCAAUGUUACUGCACCCUUAGAGUAUCAGCGUAUCCUCAAUAAUUACAUACAAAAGGGCCGUCGAAAGCUGGAAGCUAGUUCCUACUCCAAGAUGAAAGCUUCCUUUCCGGCGAGAGAACGAUCGAAAGCACCCGCAUGUUCUACCUCAACGAUCGCAACGGUAACGACGCAACCGUCCACGGGAUCGGGUGGCCAGUUUAAGCUGUGCCCCAGCACUUCCGUCACUGCCAUUAAUCUUCCGCUAGCGAAGUGUAACACCGCAUUCGACAAACCUUCUUCCUUUAGCGACAGUAAACGUACGGUAGCAUUCAUCCGAUCAUCAUCAUCGUCCACCGGCCCCACGCUUCACCAAAGUACGCAGCCGAACCGACCGAGCGCGGCGGCGGGUUUGCUCAAAACGGCACGAUUGCAUCAUUGCAGGGAUUGUAGUUCCUCGUUCGCUUCCGGCGAGCUGCUACGCAAGCACAGUUGCAUUAUCGCCGAACAGUACCAGUGUCCUUUGUGCUUGCGCGAGUUUAAGAAACGCAAAACACUUGACCACCACAUGAAAUCUCACGAGAAGGUGUUUUCCACCGAUGAGGAUUUACGGAGGGGAGCCAGGCAGUAGGUGCAUUGUUGGCAUUGUUUUGCGCUCGUUUAUUCUGCCCAGUUUGAUAGCUAGAGUUGAGUUUCGGUUUUUAAAGUGUUUUAUCUGUAACGUCCGCGCAUUGGGUUUAGUCGUUUUAAAAAUUGCCAGUUAAGAUGCUUGCUUCUUUUUUUUUUUUUUUUUUUGAAAACACAUAGUGUUAGUUGAAACGAAUGCAAUAAACCGUUUUACACCGA